UUAUAAAAUAACCAUUUUUAUCAAUAGAAACACACACACACAAAUCUUACAUGUUGCAGUAAUGUCAGUUACACUAUCCUCCUUCACUCGUUCCGAUCCUGUUUCGAUACCCACAUCUAAUAAUAAAAAUACGGAUAAUGAGCAAUCUUACAAGGACAUGAUUAAGCAAUUAGCUGCACAGGCGCCUGAACCAUAUGGGGCUAUUCCACCCCUAAAACGAAAGCAAAAGAAAAAAAGGCCCAAAGAAACAGCAAUACGACGAUUAUCCUAUGUUGAGAAUUGGCUUGCAGUAGACAGUAAAGAAAGUAUACCUGACGAAGAGGAUUUGAAACCAUCCUCUCCCUUUCGUAAUUUCCUCUCAACUGAUUUCCUGGUGUUACCUUUACAUAUGCCACCACCUUCAUUAAGCGCACAAAAUGAAGAACUUCCUAUAUAUGACAGUAGGCCAUCAUCAGAGAUAGAUCUUCUUCAUAUGGAAGAAGUAGAAGAAGAGGACGAUGAAGAUGAAGAAGAAGAUGAUGAGAUCGAGUAUGAUAUACCAGAUGAACAGCAACGACCUAAAACGCUGACAAAACAAAGAUCUAUCCCGUCGUUUUCCAAAUCGGUCAGGCCGUCUACAUCGACAACCAAAUCCUAUGCCAUGUCAUCAUCCCCACCACAUCAAGACGAAUCCAGCAGUUGGAUAGAAACACUACGUCGAUCGCUCGUCCUGUCUACCUCCCCUCGCCAGGCCAAACAAUUGAUUCCGAUGCCACUUCCACCACCUAAACCUCGUAUGCGUAAGAGAAGAUCAGAGGCAACGACACAGCCUAGAUUUAAUCCAGAGACGAAUACAUAUACAAGAGAUACCCGAUCAAACCCUGAUCAUUUGAGAAUGAUCUCGGCAGAAUUAAAUAUGAUGAGAGCUAGAAAGCUAUCAAGUCCUCUGAAGCCCAGAGGAUUUUUACCGAGACGCACGGAUGUGUUUAUACGUGGUGAGAACAGACGAAAAUCUUUAUUAUGUAAUGAAGUAACUUGAAUUCUCUUUUAUAUUAUCUUUUGUUUAUUGUAAAUAAUUAUCCCCUUCCCCCUUUCCCUCUCUUUCCCUUCUCG